AAGAGUGAGCCACUAGAUUCCCUUCAGAUUGUUCAGUCGUAGUACACGCCAGUAUAAGAAGCGCUUUUUCCUUUCAAUUUUCCCUUUUUUCUUUUCCUUUGCAGCGGGGAAGUGACCAAUGAAGCUAAUAUGGGGAAUAUCGUUGUCCGUGUAACUUAGUGCUUUAUCGUUAUUUCAUCAUUUAAGUUUUUCUGUCGGUUGUUGUAUAUUCACGACAAGUGUUUGUUGCUGAAAAACCAAAUCUAUUCAAAUAACGAUGACAAGUGUGAAGGCUUGGCCACUGCUUCUACUGCCGUUUUCACUGGUCUCUAUGGGGAAAGCAGAGUGUCCAUUUCCUGUUUUGAAUGGCAAAAUUGUCUUGUCCUCGGAAUCCAUACUGAAGAAUAGCUUCCCAGACAAUUCAGAAGCGUUUGUGGAGUGUGCUAAAGGAUUUGAGAGAGAUGAAGGUCCGACUUCAAUCACCUGUGUGAACGGGGUCUGGAGUCCAGUGAAAUUAACCUGCAAAAAGAUUGAUUGUAGACAACCUGAACUUUCACCACAUAUGACCUACUCCAUACCUGAUGGAACAUUUUUUGGUGCCUACAUUCAACCCAUAUGUGAGACAGGAUAUGAUCUGGAAGGAUCAAGCUACAGGCAAUGUCUUGUUUCUGGCUGGAGUGGAAGCGCUGAAUGUAUAUUGACAGUAUGCGAAUAUCCAGAUCCAAUUGAGCAUGGCAAGAGGGUUGCACCCAGUGAACCUGUGUUUAAUGAUGUCAUUACAUAUUCCUGCGAUGAUAACUACAUCCUCGUUGGCAACAGCUCAAUUACAUGUGGUGAAUACGGGGUAUAUAGUUCACCACCUCCGGAAUGCAUAGCAGAGUGUCCAUUUCCUGUUUUGAAUGGCAAAAUUGUCUUGUCCUCGGAAUCCAUACUGAAGAAUAGCUUCCCAGACAAUUCAGAAGCGUUUGUGGAGUGUGCUAAAGGAUUUGAGAGAGAUGAAGGUCCGACUUCAAUCACCUGUGUGAACGGGGUCUGGAGUCCAGUGAAAUUAACCUGCAAAAAGAUUGAUUGUAGACAACCUGAACUUUCACCACAUAUGACCUACUACAUACCUGAUGGAACAUUUUUUGGUGCCUACAUUCAACCCAUAUGUGAGACAGGAUAUGAUCUGGAAGGAUCAAGCCACAGGCAAUGUCUUGUUUCUGGCUGGAGUGGAAGCGCUGAAUGUACAUUGACAGUAUGCGAAUAUCCAGAUCCAAUUGAGCAUGGCAAGAGGGUUGCACCCAGUGAACCUGUGUUUAAUGAUGUCAUUACAUAUUCCUGCGAUGAUAACUACAUCCUCGUUGGCAACAGCUCCAUUACAUGUGGUGAAUACGGGGUAUAUAGUUCACCACCUCCGGAAUGCAUAGUCAUCAUGACACUGACAAAAGCAAGCACCACCAUAAACAAAGCCACAACAACAGACAUGACAACAGCCUCCACCCGUUCACAUGGAGGACUUGUCAAAAAGCUCACUAUUGGCUUAAGUGCCUUAUUGUGUAUAGCCAUUGUCUUGGGUGUGUGUUUUGGAUAUCGUAAUUUAAAACGCAGAGGUUCAUACAAUACUGGUGAAGAACUGAGGGCAAAAGAAGAGUUAUUGCUAAAUCAAAGUGUCUAAACUCAAGGUAUCCACCCAUAUCUGAAUCUUCAUUAGCUUAAUGGCAAACAAUCGGACAGCUCCUUUGCUUUAGCGUUAUUCCUGCACAUGGAUUCAUUGAAGUUUCAAGUUUUUAACUUUUUUUUUGUUGUUGUAUUUUAUAAACUAGAUAUUGUAUUUAUUUAUAACUGCUAC